AUGAUUAACAAAGCUGCGGCAAUUUUUUGCAACAUCUAUUGGUCUCUAGAAAAACAACCGCACCAUUAUUUCCCACCCAACUACACCAAUAAUAGUGAAAUAUUCAAUGUAUUGCAUUUAAGUGAUGUUCACAUUCAAUUAAGAUAUCAGCUUGAAACCGAAUCCAAUUGUACUUCUGAUCCGUGUGCUGUUCCUGAAUCUUACAACGAGGAGUUGCCAGGGAAAGACUACAAUUUCACCGACUACUACAGACACUUCAACCCAGAUCUCACUGAUUUUGAAAUAUCAUUCUACCCUGAUGCUCACUAUGAUGAGAAUGAUGAAUAUGUCAAGGGUGACUACUACGACUACCCAAAGUACCGUGGUUGGAACUUCCAGAAUGCACCAGCCACCAGUUUUGGUGCCUAUUUGGCUGAUUCUCCUGAAUUAUUGAUGAACAACUCAUUCAAACACAUUGCUCUGGUCCACCAGGACAAACACUUUGAAUUCGCUAUUUUCACUGGUGAUGUCGUUGAUCAUCUUGUUACUUCCUGUACCCCGGAAUACACCAAAGAAGAGGAGGUGAGAAGCUUCAAAGCGAUGAAGCAUUUCUUUGGUAACAUUCCUGUAUUGCCAGCAUUGGGAAACCAUGAAACGUAUCCAUACGGUCAGUUGGCUCCUGCACAAUUUGAUGAAUCUGAGAACAGUACCUAUUCCUGGAAUGUUGAUGAGAUGGUUGACUUGUGGGUGAACAAUGAAUGGUUUGAUGAGAAGGAUGCUGAUGAUCUCAAGAGUCACUAUGCUGGUUUUCUGUAUGUAACAAACCGCGGUUUGAAAGUGAUUGGGUUGAACUCCAAUUGUUGGUACCAGAAAAACUUAUGGUCAUACCCCGAGCUCUCCAAAAACCCUGAUCCUUUUGGUCAGUGGAGCUUUUUGGUUGAUGAGCUUUUAGCCAGUGAAAGAAAAGGACAAAGGGUGUGGAUUAUGGCCCACAUCCCUACAAGUGACUAA